UGAAACUUGUUUUUCGAAACAGAUAGUUUCUUUAAGGUUUAAUUUGUGAGUGAUAACGUGAUACUGAUUUGCUAUACAGAAACUGAAGUUAGAAUGGAUAUUAAGACUGAGCCUUUAGCAGCAUCUCGAAGCAAACGACAACGUGUUGAUAAGUCUGGUCGGCAUGCAGCUCUAGAAAAGCUUAGGCAACUUAAAGGUGGAAAACACAAAUAUGAAUUGAAAGAUGAUUUACCAGUGUAUGAAGAGGUUGCUGAAUCUGAGUAUUCCAAGCUUGUACAGUCCAGACAAGAAGACGAUUGGAUUGUGGAUGAUGAUGGUUCUGGGUAUGUGGAAGAUGGUCGAGAAAUUUUUGAUGAUGACAUCAAUGACGAUGUUGACAAUAAAGAUAACAGUUCUUCAAAUGAAAACAAAAAAAGAUUCAAACCACCACCAGCACGGAAAGCUGCUCCAAAAAAAGUCAAUGAUAUAAAAAGUAUGUUUACGGCAGCACCUGCAAAGAAAAAGACAGAGAAAGAGGUGAAACUGGAUGAUGAUGAACUAUUGGGUAGUAUUCUUGAUGAAGUUCACAGUGGUAGUAUAGGCUCCUCUGCAGUUUCUCCUAAACCAACUAUACUAAAGAAAAAGGAAUGUCAUCAAGUAAGCCCUCAGUUAAAAAGAGCUGUCAAUCCAUUUGCUAUAAAAACUCCAGUUCGAGCCCAACAGUCAAGAGAAUUGUUAAGACCCAGAACAGUUGAAUAUAACCAGAAAUUGCCAGAAAGGUUAGAAUUCAAGAAUGAAAAAUGCGAAAAUACUUUACAUUCAAGGUCUCCUUUUAAAAAGCUUUCAACAGGAACCUCUUCCAGUGAAAAUGUGACAAGAGUCACAAAAACUAGUAAACAUGUCACUGAGCAGCAGGAAGCCAUAGUUGAAAAUGGUAGUAUGUCAGAUAUUGAGCAAUAUGACUCCAUAGAUCUCAUGGAAGAGAAUAGUAAAGCAGAAAAUGAUAUCAAAGGCUGGGAAGAGGAGAUGAACCUGGAUGGUGUGGACAUUGAAGAAGCUUUCUCAGAACCCAUGGAAGUAGAUAGUGCAAAAAAGUUGUCAAAGAUAAACAACCAAUCUGAUGUUAGAGUAGAAGAUGUGGGUGAUACUUGGGAAGGCCCAUCAAUUCCUGUUCCUUCUGUUGUUGAUGUACGUGUGGAUAACUCACAAUUGCCAUUAAUUACCAAUGAAGAAGGACAAGAAGUGCUGAGAUUUUAUUGGAUUGAUGCUUUUGAGGAUUACUAUAAACAUCCAGGUGUUGUUUAUCUGUUUGGAAAAAUCUGGAUAGAAUCAGCAAAGACUCAUGUCAGCUGUUGCAUAUGUGUCAGAAACAUUGAACGCAGGAUUUUUUUAUUACCUAGAGUCACACAUUUUGAUCCAAACACAAAACAAGAUACUGGAAAAGCUGUCACUAUGAAAGAUGUUUACCUGGAAUUCAAUAAUAUAAUAGCAGAAAAGUACAAAAUUAAUGAGUUUAAAACAAAGAAAAGUGUUAAGAGCUAUGCAUUUGAAAAAUAUGACGUGCCAAACGAGUCUGAAUAUUUAGAAGUGCGUUAUUCCGCUAGUCUUCCUGCUCUACCUUCAGACUUAAAAGGAAAAACUUUUUCCAACGUAUUUGGAACUAACACAUCUAGUUUGGAACAACUACUGUUGGAUCGUCGAAUGAAAGGGCCUGGGUGGAUUGACAUCAUUUGUCCACAAAUUUCUAAUCCUCCUGUAAGCUGGUGUAAAAUAGAGGCUAUUCUAACCAAACCAGACAACAUUGCAGUUGUGCAAGGAAGUCUACCACCACCACCUCUAGUAGUGCUUUCCUUGAAUCUUAAGACAGUAAUCAACAAUUCCAAUCACCAGAAUGAGAUUGUUGCAGCAGCUUGUCUGGUUCAUCACCAGUUUCCUGUAGACAAGGCAGCACCUUCACCGCCAUUUCAGACACACUUCUGUUCUGUUACCAAACCAAGCAACAUCAUUUUCCCAUUUGAUUUGAAGGAUGCUUUAGGCAAGUACAGUCAUACAAAGGUGGAACGAAUGGACUCUGAACGUGCCUUGUUGUGUUUCUUAUUGGCUAAAAUUCACAAACUGGACCCUGACAUUAUUGUGGGCCAUGAUAUAUAUGGAUUUGAUCUUGAUAUUCUUCUUCAUCGAGUAAAUGCCAACAAAAUCCCACACUGGUCCAGAAUUGGAAGACUCAAACGAUCUGGAAUGCCACAGUUAGGUGGAGCAGGGCAUAAAAGCGCAUAUGUAGACAAGAAUAUAACGUGUGGUCGUUUGAUCUGUGACAUCAAAAUAUCAGCCAAAGAGUUGAUUCGAAGUAAGAGCUAUGAUCUUUCUGAACUUGUCCAUCUACUACUUCAUAAACAACGACAAGAAUUGGAUUCAGACAAAAUAAGGAGUAUGUUUGGUUCUUCAAGGCAGCUUCUCCAUCUGAUAGAUCUAAUUAUGCAGGAUGCUGACUAUGUUUUAAGACUUAUGUGUGAGUUAAGUGUUCUUCCUCUAGCACUACAGAUAACAAACAUUGCUGGAAAUCUAAUGUCUAGAACACUAUUAGGAGGAAGAUCAGAAAGGAAUGAAUUUCUACUUUUACAUGCUUUUUAUGAGAAGAAUUUUAUUUGUCCUGACAAAACGUUUGGAAAACAGCAAGCAAAAGUAGAAUAUAAUGAAGAUGAUGGUGAUGUUGAAACUGGGAGAAGCAAGAAGAGGAAACGGAAACCAGCUUACACUGGAGGGCUUGUAUUAGAUCCUAAAAAAGGUUUCUAUGACAAGUACAUUCUUCUUAUGGAUUUCAACAGUUUAUACCCAUCAAUUAUUCAGGAAUACAACAUAUGCUUCACAACCAUUUCACGUGCUCCAGCUGCUUUUACCAAUAAUGAGGAGGAUGAAGUCCAAGUAGAACUUCCAGAUCCUAGUUUGGAACCAGGUGUUCUUCCAACUGAAAUUCGCAAAUUAGUUGAAAGCCGUAGACAAGUUAAACAGUUGAUGAAAAAUUCUGAUCUCUCCUCAGACGUCCAGCUUCAGGUAAGAUUUUAA